ACAACUGCGCAUGUGCCACAUCGCAAGCGAGGAUCUUCGUGACUUCCGCCGACGGGGAAGGCGGAAUUAGCGGUGUAGGAUAAUCAAUUGCACUGAUCAUGCCGUGUCCCCUCUUCUUGGUUCAUCAGUCGGAUCUUGUAUGUGUAUUAGUGGAAAAUAUACAUGUUGUGGAGUUUGUAUAGGAUUUGUUCCAAUGGUGGGGGAGACGGUGAGGUCAAUGAUGGUGGACAGAAAGCGAGAUGCAGCACGGAACAGGUUCUUACCGACCAAAGAGUCGCACCGCCCGGCAACCUACCUGUUUAACACAGAACAAUUUACAAUUAAUCUACGAACUGUAUUCAAGCAAAAGGUAUUACAGAAAUUGUAUGUUUCAUCACCUCUUGAAGAAAAGACAAAUGAAGUCCCAACCAAAAAAUCAAGCACAAAGCAAGAGAAGAGGGAACUGGAGAGAAACAAAUCUACAGAAGCAAAAGGUACUGCACAGAUUGAUCCUGAAUGCAGGAAAGUGUACACAGUAAGCCUGCCCCCUCCUGAAUAUGAAGAGUCUGCACCUGAACCAAAUGAGCAGCAUGAACCUCAAGAGUCAAGUGAAGAAGAAUCAGAAGGAAGGCAUUCUGCAGAAAAAUUCCACAGAAAGCACAAGCGGAAAAGAAAAUUCAAGAGCUUGGUGCAUAAAGACUUCCGUGAAAAGACGAACACAGAAUUUCAACAGCCAGCAGUUUUGCAGACUGACAUCUUGCAAACCUUGACAUAUUCUGAAAAGCCAAAAACAGAAAUGUUAACUAAAAACAGAAGAAGGAAACUCAAAAAGAAACGACAUAAAGAAAAGCUGAAGGCAGCUGGACUGGUAUCAAAAGCUGCAGCUGUGGAAUUCAUUUAUCAACCAGUCGAGGGCAGUAAUGGUGAUGUUGCUGGAGCUGAAAAGGCUGCUGAGGUCAUUGACUGAAGUACAACCUUGGAAUUUUUCUUUGCUGUUAUACAUUGCUACUUUUAAUAAUCUUGGAUAAUUUCUUUUCCAGCAUUGAUUUCAGUCCCUACUCCCACUAUUCAGAAGCCAAAGCAGGUAAUGAUCUUAUAAUUGCAAGGUAUGAUCAAUGAACACUUUUGUUAACAUUGUUUUGUGGGAAAACAGUUUUCUUUUCCAUUGUGCAUAUUAAACCAUUUCAUAGAAAAAAGUUUAAGUAAUUAUUCUUUUCUAUCCUUUUGCUUGAAAUGGUGAUCAUUUUGCUUGCCAUGCAACUGUCAUUAAGUAUAUUUUUAUCUUGAACAUUCAUACCAGAAGGUUGAGAAAAAGAAUUGUAUUUUCGUUCACUUCUAAUUAUUUUACAUCAUUAUGCAAUUGUCUUAGUAUAGAAUUAAAUUAUUUUGAGAGAUAGCUUGUUUCCACAUUUUUAUGUAGAUAAUUUACAAUUAAUGUUACAAUUGAAGAAUAUAAUUAUUUCUUUGUUGCUAUCUGAAUACUACAUUAAACUGUGUUCCUGUCUCAUCUGAAUAUUAGUUUUUUUGGUUCUCAAAAAAAAAUGAGAUUUGAACUUUUGCAAAAAUGAUAUUUGCUUAUUUAGAAUAUCUGAUAGAAUGAUGCAAGGCAGAUUCUCUUUCCAUCUUUUACCAGUGCCAUUGGAUAGUUAACUGUUGGUUGAUUAUCCAAUGGUUGAUCCCAAACUUUCAAGGAUUCACGGCGAGGAAACUGACAUCAAUUGUGAAUGCCUGGCCAAUAUUCUGAUACUUUGAAACCCAAAAUUACUGCAGUAAGUUUUAAGUAGCUAAAAGGUUACUGAGACUUGUGAUCCCACUUUGCUAAUUGGGAAAUGAAGGAACAUUCCAUCAACAAAAUGACAUAAUUUUAAAAAAACUAAAGAUCUUAAAAUUCUAAAUGAUGUUACGGACUUCAUCUAGGAAUUUACAGUUGAUGCUGAGAAGGGACAAUGACAUCUUCAAAAACGAUUCAUUGGUCGUUAUAGGUAUUUCUUUUAACAGGAUGUGAGAUUAUUUGGAGGAAAUGAACAAAAAUGUUCUCAUUCCUGAUAUGUGUGUAUAUUUCUUGUUUAAACAUUUUGUGCGUGAUGCUUGAAGAAUAUAGAAUUUGUGUAAAACUUACAGUAUACUGUAAUUUGUUCCAUAUGGAGUGGUUUGUAGCAUUAGGAACAUAAGUUGCAGCUUUCAGCA